GCGCAGUGGUAGAGGCCAACAUGUAUCCAGUGCCUGUGGCUGGGGUCCGCGAGCUUCUUGUCACCAGCGGAUCGACAAUGGCGGCGGCUGAAGUAGCUCGGCAGAUGUCCGAAGGUGCCCGCAACCUUUCACUGUCUGGGCACGUUGGCUUUGACAGUAUGCCAGACCAGUUAGUCAACAAGUCAGUGUGUCAAGGCUUCUGCUUCAACAUUCUGUGUGUGGGUGAAACUGGUCUUGGAAAGUCCACCUUAAUGGACACCCUGUUCAACACCAGGUUCGAAGGUGACCCAGCAGUUCACAAUCAGCCAGGAGUUCACAUAAAGUCCAACAACUAUGAACUACAAGAAAGUAAUGUUCGCCUGAAGCUGUCCAUCGUAAACAGCGUGGGAUUUGGAGACCAGAUUAACAAGGAAGAAAGCUACAAGUCUAUCGUAGAGUUUAUCGAUGCUCAGUUUGAAGCCUACCUGCAGGAAGAGCUGAAGAUCAAACGCACGCUGCACAACUACCAUGACAGUCGGAUCCACGUCUGCCUGUACUUCAUCGCUCCCACUGGCCAUUCUUUAAAGUCGCUCGAUUUGGUGACCAUGAAAAAAUUGGACAGCAAGGUCAAUAUCAUCCCAAUCAUUGCUAAAGCCGAUUCCAUCUCCAAGAAUGAACUCCAGAAAUUCAAGAUCAAGAUAAUGAGUGAGCUGGUGAGCAAUGGAGUGCAGAUUUACCAGUUCCCAACAGAUGAUGAGACAGUCGCAGAGAUCAAUGGAACAAUGAAUGCACACUUGCCAUUUGCUGUAGUUGGAAGCACAGAGGAAAUAAAGAUUGGGAACAAGAUGAUGAAGGCGCGCCAGUACCCAUGGGGCACUGUGCAGGUGGAAAAUGAAAACCAUUGCGACUUUGUAAAGCUACGAGAGAUGCUAAUCCGAGUCAAUAUGGAAGAUCUUCGAGAACAGACGCAUACUCGUCACUAUGAGCUGUACCGGCGCUGCAAGCUGGAGGAGAUGGGAUUCAAGGACACGGAUCCUGAUAAUAAACCCUUCAGCUUGCAGGAAACAUAUGAGGCAAAGAGAAAUGAGUUUCUUGGGGAGCUGCAGAAGAAAGAAGAAGAGAUGAGACAGAUGUUUGUCAUGAGAGUGAAGGAGAAGGAGUCGGAACUGAAGGAAGCAGAGAAAGAGCUGCAUGAUAAAUUUGAUCGUUUAAAGAAACUUCAUCAGGAUGAAAAGAAGAAGCUAGAAGACAAGAAAAAGAGCCUGGAUGAUGAAAUUAAUGCCUUUAAACAGAGAAAGACUGCAGCUGAAUUGCUUCAGUCACAGGCCCAGCAGUCAGGGAGCCAGCAGACACUGAAACGAGAGAAGGAGCGGAAAAACUUCUUUUAAUGAGUCUUCACGGGCUGCUCUCUGGAGGAGGAGACUGCGACUUGUAGAAGAGUUAGGGACUCUUGUGCUGUGGCCGAGAUCUGUUCUUUAACUGUGAAAACUAACACUGUACUCUUAAAAGGGCAAUGUUCAGCUUGUGUGGGAUUUUUAAAAACCCUUCACAGCCCCAUUUUGUGUUUGAAAGUUAUCUUAUAAGUAGGACUAAAGGUUGUAAGAAGUUCUGUUUUUGAAUUUUGCUUGUUUAUGGAUAAAGACUGCAAUUUUUCCCUCCUGAUUUAAAUAUUUUAAAGCUUCUAUUUUUAAGUGUUCUCCAUUCUCAGAGUUCAGCAAACAUGUACUAUUCACCACUUGAGUAUAGCUGUUUAGAUUAGUUUGACAUUUUUAUUGUCUAGCUGAAUCUUUGUUGUAAAUUGAUGCUGAUGAGGGAGUGUUUUAUUGGGCUGUUUUAAUUUAGCAGUCCAGUUCUAGUUUUUGAAAAUACUUUCCCAGGCAUUUUACUUUCGCUCAUUGAAGGAGAAAGUAGGAAUCUAAGUUCAGCUAAUUGGACUUGUCAAAAGCAUCUUUGCUGCUAUCUUGUGCGUGGAUCAGAAUGAUGAGGAAAACAUAAUGGGCACAUUCUGAAAUUUUGUAUUGAAACAAAGGGCUGGGCUAAAGCCUCUGUAAAUAGCUGUACCAUGUGGUGUGAUCCUGAGCCAGACAGUGCCAGAAGGUCUGUGUCCAAUCCCUGCUCUGUGGUGAGUUGGUUGAAAUAUUGGUGGGGCAUUGUGAGUAGACGCUGAAGCUUCAGCUUCGAAGGAUAGACCAUGACAUUCAGUUCAGCGUCUUUUAAUGGAGGGCUUUUGAGAAUGUAUGUGUGGAUAGCUCUGGGUCUUAUCUACUUUGCUGAGAACUGGGCCAGCUCCAGCUUCCUGGGUGGAGUGGCUGAUGGAGUUUGGCAGUUUGAGUAUGUGAGUAUGAUGUGCUGGAAAUGAAUCCAGCCACAAGUUAUCUGCUUAAGAAGUAAGUACUGGUGAGAAACAGGCUAGGUUUAUCGGGUAGAAUAUUUUCAAUGUAGCCACACUGCAGCCCUGGCCAGAAUUCUAAAGAUCAAGUACAUGCACGCAAGUCAGUGCGUUGUUCAUAUUUCAGUAAAAGGUUGUAUGAAAGUACAUCUUGUUCUGUACCAUUCUCUAAUUUUAUUACUGAUCAAAAGUUACGGUAAUUUUUUUUCUAUUAUUCUGUGGACACCAUCCACAUGCAAUAUGGAGUUGGAUAGAUCCUUGGGAAAUUUUGUUGGGCAGGAGAGCAAAAGCAGGGAAGUGGCAUUAAUUGGAUAAGACUGGCAAAGGGCUGAACAGCCUCUCCUGCACUGUAUCAUAUGCAGGACUGAAUUCUGAUAGAGAAGUCAGUACAAAUCAAAAUCUAGUUUGAUUUGUGAAUACUAGGUAGCAUAAUAUCUUUAUUUUUGCCACGACCGUUUGGUUGACUAAUGCCCAGUCGUGGUGUUUUACUGCUUAAUUUUCAUAGCAGUGAAUCUCCUUAAGAUGAACAUGAAGCAAACUAAUUUGCCAAGGUGUGGGUGAGAUAGAAAUACAAGAGUGCAUUGGAGGGCUGAGAUUAAGGAUAUUUUCCUCUUGAAGUUCUGUGUUUACAUUGUCUAUGUACAUCAUUGUGUGCACACACGUGUGUAUGCAUCUAUAGUAGGUCCACCCCCAGUAACCACCGAGUAGAUUAUGAACGUUGGGAUGUUUUUCUACAUGUACUAUAUUUUAUCUGAACUUCCCAAAAGGUAACUGUUUAAAAAUGAAGAAAGGAAUAAAGUAUGUUUAGUAUAUAGUGGCAUUUUUCCAUAAACUUGCUAAAGAUUGUUGCUGUUAUUGGUGUUUGUGACUUUACUGUGAUUAAAGUUAGUGGCUGAAGGUCGAAAUGCUGCAGAAGUUGGACUUUGCCUUGUUAAUAUUUCAUAUAUUGCUGUCUUUAAAAAUAACCCUUUGUCUUUCUUGCUGCCCUCUGUGUAAAUAUUGCACUUGUCUGAAUUCCAUUUGCUUUGAGCUGCUAUUACCUAUUUAUUUAUUUCUCUGCUUCUUGCCCUCAUUUCAGUGAGGAAAUGCCUGGGCAAUGUAUACCUCAUGGCAAGAUUUUAUUUAUAGGUCUUUCCUCGUUGACCCAUUAUACAAUUUUUUUUUAACUUUGCUAUCAUUGCUGUAAAUUUUCAAUAAAAU